CUCAGUUGACUCGUCGUUACAGUGAGCGGUGAGUUUUGAGCCUUGACUCCAGAAGAAAAGAACUCGUUUUAUUCUUGUGAAAUAAUUGGCAUUUAACUUGAGUAAUAUCUGCUGCGCCAGCUGACACUUUUUUUCUGCAGGUGAAAUCAUGUCCAUUUUACUGAAAAAAAUAAAGGCGGCCUAUCCAAAAGCUGUCUCCACCCUGGAAGAGGCUGACAUUCGCACUGACUUAGACAUCCAGUCACUGACUCGAGAUGACCUCCGUGACCUGUUUCCUAGUCCUAGCCACUUCAAGAUGAGAAGGAACAUUCUUGAGAUAAUACACAAAGAGAGGCCAAUCAAUACUGUCCUGAAAGAACUGAAAGACUUCAUCCCGGAGGAGUCUUUCAGGGCUGCUCUGACUAACAAUGGGGUCUUGGUCGACUACCUCAACAUCCUGAAGAGUGUGAAGAGUCAAAUGGAUAAUGUGCAGUCUUUCCUUGAUGCCCACAUUGAUCUACUGGACAUCAGCAAAACAGGCCAGGAACCUGACAAAGGUUUUGGUACAAGUACAAGUACAAGUACAAGUACUCCAGCCCCCCGUGGUCCAAUGGAGUCCCACAGUGACCAAAAGCAUGGCCAUGCACAGGAAACAUAUGGUGCCGCUUCAGGCUCAAGCCAAUCACACACCACUAGCUCGGUGGGUACGUCGAAGGACAAAUCUGAAGGCCAUCCACAAGGAGCAUAUGGGAAAUUCUCCAGGGAGUCUCUGCACCAGUACAGGGAAGUGAGGUAUCAGACGGCGGUCUCUGGUAACACCUUUGAUGCCCACUUGCAGCUGAUGGAGAACGUAAAGGCUCAGGUUAAGGAUGAAGCUCUGCUCACUGAAUGCAGUCAGGACGGCGAUGUUGUCAUUCUCUUCUGCCCUAUCAGUUCACGUAUUGGGACGGACGUUGCCGCAGCCAUGACCAACCAAUCAGACACUGGACCGGGUUCAAGCAGCUCAGUCACCUGUGGCCCACUGGAGCCCCACAGUGGCCAAACCGAAGGUCAUCCACAAGGAGCGCAUGUUGCUGCAUCAGGUUCAAACAGCUCAGCCAUCUGUGGUCCAGAGGAGUCCCACGAUACCAGAAUUGAUGGCAACGCACAAGUACCACGUGUGAUGUAUCAGAUGGUCGUCACGGGGGAAACCUUUAAUGCCCACACACAGCUGAUGGACAACGUGAAUACUCAAGUUAAGGAUCAGAUUCAGCUCACUGAAUGCAGUCAGGAUAGCCGGGUCAUCAUUGUCUUCUGUCCUAACAGUUCCCGUAUUGGGACAGACAUAAGCUCAGCCAUGACUGAUGUACCAGGUGAUGAGCCUGUCAUUCUGGUGGUGAUGCACUACACGCAGGUUGUCAAGUCCGUGCAGUUUAGGAGAAGAUGCCCUGAUUACCCUAAUGUUGUGUUGCUUGUCAACAUUCUCUACCAUGACAAAGUGGGUGGAUUACUAAAGUGUCAGGAAAACAAUAAUGCUGUCUGUGAGAUACAGAACAAGUUACUGGAGUACAGUGUCCCAAGAGUUAAAUAUACCUGAGGUAUGAUUAGGACUGGUAGUAGACCUGUUUCUCACAGUGACAUGUUGUAAAGCUGGGUGUCUGGGUAAGUGAAGGAAGUAGUAGUGUUCUGUAUUUGUCGUUUACAUUAUGUAAAUAGCUUCAUAAACU